UCAACAAAGAGAGGAUAUUAUUACUUUAUAAGGUAGCCUUUUUUUUUUUUUUAACUUUGUUCAGGUUACUUUUCUCUAAUGUCAUGUCGAAAGGUGCCGAGAAAAAUCCUCGACGUUAAUGAUAUUACUAACUCAUGCAGAGCAAAAAAAAAAAAAAAAGUUACUGAAGACAGAAGAGUGACGCUGAGAUUUGUGGGCCCACCCCUCCCAACACUGCUUGGUACACCGCUAGCAUUGCUCACUUUCCACUCAGAGCGAAGGAGACAUGUCACCGUGGGGAACAGCCGCAACAACAACAACCCAAAAGCAGCAUGCCUCCCCUCAAAAACGCCGGAUCCACGUGAGCUCCGUCUGAGCGCUCGGCCUCGGCCAUGAGUGGAAAGGGUUGCCAGCUCCUGGUGUCGCCAUGCGGCGUGUCACCGUCGCUGGGGAAGAUGAGAGGGCACCGGUCCCAGGCAGUCAAGGUGCCCGUGACUUCCCCUCAGUGGGGCGGCCUUCCCUUCUCGGGCGUGAACAAAGUGAGCGGCGGGAAGCAGAACGGUGGCCCCGUGACCCUGCCGAGCCUGAGCCUCCACAGGAAGGUGUUGACAAAUGGGAAGCAGGAUGUGGAGACACGAGAUGUAACCUUUCUAGGAGGCUCUUCCAAAAAAGCAGGUGGUUCCAGACUUGCCAUUGAAGUUCUUGGGCACCCUGCCGGUUCGAACCUCACGAUAACCAACGUUCCGAUGUCUGUUGUCCCUGGUCAUCAUCAACACGAUGUUACGUCUUAUCACCCGUCUCUUGAUACAAGGUCAGUGCUGUCCAGAGAAUCCCUGGCGUCCACCACCCUUAGUCUUUUCGAAACCCAGUCAGUGUUUAGCGGACGAAGCGAUUGGCCGUUUGGCUACCGCGUCCUUCCCCCUCUGGGUCAGGCACCGUGUUCCGCCCUGGCCCCCGAGGGCGGCGAGCAACACAACGUGGGAACGGCCAUGUCCAGCACGGAGGCCUCUGGCGGUACGAGCACGUCAGCCUCCCUUCCGUCAUACCUCUUCACGGGUGAUUCCGGGAGCCCCAAACAGCCUAACGCAAAGAAGAGAGCCCUUUCCAUGUCGCCCUUAUCGGACGUAAUGGGGAUGGAUUUCAACUCCAUCAUACGUACGUCGCCUACGUCGCUCGUGGCUUAUAUCAAUAGCUCACCGGCUUCUCAUCCGACGAUCUCGCCCAUUCAGUCCGAGGGCUACGGCCACUUCCUGGGCGUGAGGGGUUCUUGCAUCCCCCAGGUUCAUCCCUACACUACGUCACAAGAUCUGAGUCUACCGGGCGACUGCAGUCGCACAAAAGUUCUGGAAGAGGGCGGGGCUCUGGAAAGUGAGAUGGCUAACAUGGUGGUGGAACAACAGUCUCUUCCAAAUUCAAAGGAAGUGGGAACUCUGGGUAAGAUUUUAGAAACCUGUCAAGAAGAGACCAACAUGACUCUGCAGCUUCACUCAGGUGACGAAGCUGCUCUCCCUCGGGGACCUCCACCACCCUACCACUCCCAUCGGCACUUUCACCUUCCUAGAAGUCAGCACAGAAUAAGGACUCAAGAAACCCUCAACCAGGGUCCCGCGGGCCCACCCCGGCAUGGCCUCGGCUUUUUACCCCAGAUCCCCAUGCUGGAGGAAGAAGAGGGCGAAACGGACGACUGCGGCGCCCACUCUUGCCUGUGGAUGGACUGCAAUGCAGUCUACGACCAAAAGGAUGAGCUAGCGAGACACAUUGAAAAACUCCACGUGGACCAGAGGAAGGCCGAGGACUUCACAUGCUACUGGGCAGGCUGUCCUCGGAACCUCAAACCUUUCAAUGCCCGUUACAAGCUUUUGAUCCACAUGAGGGUCCAUUCGGGAGAGAAGCCCAACAAGUGUACGUUCAAGGGCUGCAAGAAGGCCUUCUCUCGACUGGAAAACUUAAAGAUCCACCUGCGCAGUCACACUGGAGAGAAGCCGUACCCGUGCCAGCAUCCAGGAUGUUUCAAGGCCUUCAGCAACUCCAGCGACAGAGCCAAGCAUCAGCGCACCCACCUGGACACAAAGCCAUACGCUUGCCAAAUACCAGGCUGUGCAAAGCGCUACACUGAUCCCAGCUCUUUGAGGAAGCACGUCAAGUCUCAUUCCACUGCGGAGACACAGCUACGGAAAAAGAUGAAAUCCACAGCUGAUGUAACCCAGGAGUCUCUGACAGACUGUUUAACCAUCCACCAUCUGCACCCGAGCCUCUCUCCACCAGCCAGAAGAGACAACUCGAUAGCAUCCUCCACAGCCUCUCAAGAGCCAUACUCAACUGCUCCACAGGGAGGAGACUCUUCUCACAAUCCUCUUAUGUGCACCCUGCAAGACAAUCACAGAUUUGCCGAUCCUCCCCCUGGUCGUCUCUUCUGCUUUGACCCCCGCCCUCCACUCUCCCGCCUCCCGCAUCCUCCCGGCGGCGCUUCCGCGCAGCCCGGUCGGAUCCCCGAAUCGGCGGCCGAGCGCAGCCCAGAAGAUCUCCCAGGGCAGAUGGAGGCGCUUUUUCCCUACGAUGGGACGUCAGCACGGGGCGAGUCCGGUCAACUCAUGCCGGCCUUCGGGAUCAGCGGAACCUGCGACGCAGGGUUUACCGUGCAAACGUCAGGAGGAGACUUCUUUGACGUGAUGGAUCCCCUCGCCGGUCAAGUGUGCUGCAACCCUGCUGAGGAAUGACACCACUCUCCUGCAGCAUUCCUUUCUUUGCACUAUUUUGGGGACGUAAUGUCAAUUGCAAGCAUCUGCAAAAACUUGGUCUAACACAUAUCUAUGCAAAUUCACGCCGCUCGUUGUGCUUACAAAAGUA